UCUAUCUAUCUAUCUAUCUAUCUAUCUAUCUAUCGCAAUGUCUCUCUCUGCCCUCUCUCUCUCUCGCCUGCUCCAACGCUCUCUCUCCUCGGCGGCUCGGCGCGGGAGUGUGCAAGGGGGCUGGUGUGUGUCUGAGAGCGCGUCAGCGGUCCGCCAGUACGCUGCUUCUCGUUUAGACGUCAAUGGCAGCGGGCAACCAGCCACGUGGGACUCAUUUGGUAUUUGGGAUAACCAUAUUGAGGCUCCGAUCCUGCUGCCCCCCAGCAUCCGCUAUGGCAUGCCUAUCCCCCAGCUCAGCCUCAGGACGGUGGGCUGCUCGUCACACAUCGGACAACGACGUAACAACGAGGACAGGUUCAGAGUGACCGAACUCACUCCAAACACACUCUUCUUCGCCUUGUUUGAUGGGCACGGUGGAACACAGGCUGCAGAUUUCUGCUCCAUACACAUGGAACGCUACAUCAGAGAUGGUCUGGAGGAAGAGUUGGAUUUGGAGGUGAUAUUAUCUAAAGCCUUCCUGCAGGUGGACGCUGCCCUGGCCGCCCAGAUGCAGAUGUAUGGCAAUGCCUCUCUAAAGACGGUGGGGACAACGGCGACGGUGGCCUUGCUGAGAGACGGGAUAGAGCUGGUGGUGGGCAGUGUUGGUGACAGCCGGGCAAUUCUGUGCAGGAAAGGGAAAGCACACAACCUGACCAGUGACCACACACCAGAGAGGAAGGAUGAGAAACAGAGGAUUCGUAACAGUGGUGGGUUUGUUACGUGGAACAGUCUGGGUCAGCCUAACGUCAACAGCCGUCUGGCCAUGACCCGCAGCAUCGGAGACUUCGACUUGAAGAACAGUGGGGUCAUCGCAGAACCAGAGACCACUCGCAUCACAGUACAUCAUGCUCAUGAUGCGUUUCUGGCUCUGACGACUGACGGCGUAAACUUCAUCAUGAGCAACCAGGAGAUCUGUGAUGUCAUCAACCAGUGCUAUGACCCGGUAGAGGCAGCGCACAUCAUCGCUGAGCAGGCUGUGCAGUAUGGCUCUGAGGAUAACAGCACUGUCAUCGUCGUUCCAUUUGGAGCGUGGGGCAAGCAGCAGAACUCCAAGCACAGCUACUCCAUGAGCCGGAAUUUCGCCUCCAGUGGACGCUGGGCCUGACAGGGCAGCCCUCAGAUCUUGGAAACUGCCAUUAUGCAACAUGAUACAGCUUCAUAUCAGUAUUGUGAAACAUAUACUACAAACUCCCAAAUUCCUUCUAAAGCAAUAUUUUAUAAAAGCUGAAGAGUGGACAUUUGGUAUGUCCAUUUAUUUGAGAUUAUUAAUAUCUUAUUUUUGUAUCAAUUGGUGUUUCCCCCUGUACAUAUUCUUUGGAUAAAUCUGCUAUUUUAGCAUUAUGGCCA